ACUUGAUUGAGCGAAUUGCUUUCCUCAACAAUUUACCAAUAAGAAUUUCUAUUAAAAGUUUAAUAAUUUGUAUUAAUCCGCUUGGCUCAAAUUUAAUAAAAUAAAAUGAGGAUUACUAAUGUAAGACGGGGUAGGAUCUAUAGAAUGGGAACAGCUUGUGCAAUUCUGAUAUUAUUGAUAUAUGCUUUACAUAAAUGGUCUAAUGAAAAUAUUCUGAACAAUACGAAUGAAGUGUUACUUCCUGAAUCUGAAGUUGGGUAUUAUAAGUUCCAUCGUGAUGUAUAUCCCACUUUAAAAUCAGAUCUUGGAAACUUUGAACCAAGAGAUAUAAAGAUAGUCAGUGGUCCGGGUGAAGAGGGCAAACCUUACCACAUGUCUCCAGACAGAGCUAAUGACAUAUCAGAGUCCGAAAGUGAAUAUGGUAUGAAUAUUGCAGCAUCAAACGACAUUGCCAUGAACAGAUCAAUACCAGAUACACGUCUAGACGAGUGCAAGUACUGGCACUACCCUGAGGAUUUACCUAAAACAUCUGUGAUAAUUGUAUUUCAUAAUGAAGGUUUCACAGUGCUGAUGAGAACAGUCCACACAGUCAUAGACAGAUCACCACCUAAUAUGCUUCAUGAAGUUGUAUUGGUGGACGAUUUCUCUGAUAAAGAAAACUUGAAAGGCAAUCUUGAUAACUACAUCAAACGGUUCAAGGGGAAAGUCAGACUAAUAAGGAAUGCUAAUAGAGAAGGCUUGAUUCGUACUAGAUCUAGAGGCGCGCAGGAAGCCACCGGUGACGUCAUCGUAUUCUUGGACGCCCACUGCGAAGUGAACGUCAACUGGCUACCACCCCUACUGGCACCUAUAUACCGCGAUUAUAGAAUCAUGACUGUCCCAGUCAUAGACGGCAUAGACCAUAGAACGUUCGAGUAUAGACCUGUAUAUCAACACGGAAUCAACUACAGAGGCAUAUUUGAAUGGGGUAUGCUGUACAAGGAAAACGAAGUCCCCGAUAGGGAGGCGAACCGCCAUAAACAUAAAUCUGAACCCUACAAAAGUCCGACGCACGCCGGAGGCUUGUUCGCCAUAAACAGGAAGUAUUUCCUUGAAAUUGGCGCUUACGACCCUGGUCUUUUAGUGUGGGGCGGCGAGAACUUCGAGCUCAGUUUUAAGAUCUGGCAAUGCGGAGGCAGUAUUGAAUGGGUGCCUUGUUCCAGAGUAGGUCACGUGUACAGAGCGUUCAUGCCUUACAGUUUCGGUAAUUUAGCUAAAAACCGUAAAGGUUCAUUGAUUACAAUUAACUAUAAGAGAGUGAUUGAAACUUGGUUCGAUGAAGAGCACAAAGAAUAUUUCUACACGAGGGAGCCGAUGGCCAGGUUUUUGGAUAUGGGCGACAUUAGUGAACAGGUCGCUUUGAAAGAGAAACUCCAAUGCAAAAGCUUCGGGUGGUACAUGGAAAACGUUGCGUAUGAUGUGUAUGAUAAAUUUCCAAAAUUGCCAAAGAAUGUCCACUGGGGAAUGGUUAAAAAUAAAGCUACUGGAGUCUGUCUAGACACAAUGGGUAAAGCUGCACCAGCUUAUAUAGGUAUGUCGGAUACUUUUUUAUAUUUUUAAUCUCUUUCAAAAAUUCGUACUGCAAUAUACGUAUUUUGAACAAGGUA